AAAAUGGCAGCCUUUGUUUACCUGUGAACAGCUGACAGCCUCUAGCGUGUCCGUCUGAACAGCUGACAGCCCCUUGCGUGUCCGUAAUUGCGGCCCCGCCCCCGUCAGAUCAGGAUUGAGGUGAGUAACUAUUGCUCGUGUACUGCUUGCAUUGUCGUGUGGUUUUCGCUGCAUGUCUGACGUGUGAUAAUUUCUUCUUUAGGAAGGGCCAAGAAGAAUUAUCCGUAGCCCCCGAGGUCAAACUUUGCAACAUAGUGGAUCGAGAACUGUCAAGGCAUUUUCCAUAGGGCACCGCCAUGACAUAACGAUAGCUUCGUCAAAGUUAUCGCUGCAUCGGUAAUACUUCCUGCACUGAUACGCUCCGAGAAAGAAACUGCUACAACAUUAAAUGGCUACUGGAGGUGGAAAAGUGGGUGGCGUGGACAGCCGCGUCCUCGACGUCCUUAUGAGGACAGGAGGGGUCCUUGUUUCCUCCCCUGAGUGCUUCCCCGAUAGCGAGGACGAGGCAAGUUCAGAGGAAGCUGCAGGGCCCAGCGGUUCCCGCAGACAUCCACCAGCGACAACUGUUUUCGUGGUGUCGGGCCCUGCAGCUGUUGCUGGGCCAAGUGGCCUUACACAGCCACCGGCUACGCCCCAGGUGCUGCGGCCUACCACCCAGGUGCCGCGGCCUACCACCCAGGUGCCUCAACCAACCCCGCAGGUGCCGCAGCCAACCCCGCAGGUGCCGCAGCCUACCCCCCAGGUGCCGCAGCCUACCCCUCGAGAGCCACGGGCACCCCGUAGACAGCCCAGGCAGCAGGAACUUGAUGGUGCUGUGAUGACGGCUACUGCCGCAUACGUUCGCCAGAGCCAGUUGGAGGAAGCCAGAGUUCAAGAGGACACCCGCUUCCGCUAACAACUGCUGGAGCAAAACUGGCAGCACCACGAGGCCCACCUGCAGAGCCUGCGGCAGCACCACGAGGCCCACAUGGAGAGCCUGCGGCACCUCGGGGAGGAGGUGGCGGGAAUGCGGGAAGUGCAGUCGCAGCGCCUAGAAGUGCAGCGGCAACGCCUCGAAGUGGCACGUCGUUCGCACGAGACCAACGAGCGCCUGCUUCAGCUGCUGCUGGCUGCACUGGGGCAUGGUGGCAGCCAAGCCCCUCCCCCCUCUCAGGCCCCACAUAAUUAAAGGAUGCAAAGGUAGCAUAGGCAAGGAAUUUGUAACUUAUCUUAAGAUUUGCUGAUGUAUUAAUGAUAUGAAGGGCAAAUAUUGCUAGUUUGCAAAUAAAUAAUUGCUGAAGUCACCCUUUAAUGCAACCAUGAGUAGCAUAGCCGUUGCAGCAUGAAUUUUUUCUUCAAGGUUUACUUCAGCCAUAAGAGCGUGCACACCAUCUGGCUCACCUGCAAAAGUGCCUGUAGGCCUGGUGUGUGCGGGCAUUCCGACUGUGGCGCUGCAAUUUUGAGGUGCCUAGUUAUUGUCAUGUCAAUUUAAGCACGACGCCACACUGCAAGUGUUCUACAAUUUAAUCCUUGUCAUCGAAUGGUGAAUUUUCAGGCCUUACUAUAAUGUCGAAAGCAACCUGUCAAUAUACACAGCAAAAAAGAAAAAAGUUAUGAAAAUUCCUUGCCUAUGCUCCUUCUUUUCAUUUGUAAUGUUUAUUUUUUGUUUGUUGCAUAUUUGUUUGUGUCGCUACCUACUGAGCUGGAAUGUCUCUUUUCUUGCACAUCUGUCUCAUUAUCAAACAUUUUGUUGUCAUUCAGUAAUCUUUGAGGUUGUGAUACAUUGUAUUUUAGCCCUUGUGGCGCAAUUUGUGUGUAAUAUUUAUGCAGUUUGUCUUACUGAAUAUCAUAAUAUGGUGCUAUGGCUCUUUCAGUUUCAGAGCGCCACAACAGCAUGUUCCUUUCACAUGUAGUGAUGUACCUAUACAUUUCGCUGUGAUAAAUAUUCGGUUGGCGUGUGAUUUAAGCACCCGCUCAUUUCUGUUUCUGGUGCAGUUUAAGACAGUUGUUAUUACUGUGUACUUGUGCAGUGUACAACAGUUUUCUUAAACGAUGCAUGCCGUUACCUGUGAUAUAUUAUGAUACAAGAACAAUGUGAUCCAAUAUUUAUUCCAACGUGUCUGUGAUAUGUUGCAUAAUAUCUCUACUACUGAGUACUCAUGAUUCUCACACUUCUUCAAUGUAGAGACUGUCGCAUGUGAUGUGUGCAUAAACAAGUGUAUGUUGAAGGCUGAAAUACAGAAAGGUGCAGUUUU